AGCAUCCUUUGCACUCCCGUCUCGCGAGAAUAUGGGUUACUCAGAAGGGAGUCUUUUCAAAUAGUCUUGUUUGUUUUUAUUUUGUUCACGAAUCGUUUCCUUCGUUUAUUCGACUUGCGAGUUGACAUAAGUCAAUCUUUCUUUUACCAGGACCUAACACGUCGAUUUAAAAGUAAAUCCCUUGAUCUCCGUAGUUUUUUAUCGUCAGAGAAUGGGAACGUAUCCAUAGCAGAGGAGGAAACGAACGUUAUCCAGCUAACGUUAACUGUAACGCUAACCAAACAAACCUUAUUUUAACAACAUAUAACAGAUAUUAACCUCAAAACAUGGGUUCAGUACUUAGCCGGAGAAUUGCUGGAGUUGAAGACAUCGAUAUUCAAGCCAAUUCGGCGUACAGAUACCCUCCAAAAUCAGGAAAUUAUUUUACCAGUCAUUUUUUCAUGGGAGGAGAAAAGUUUGACACUCCACAUCCCGAAGGAUACCUUUUUGGUGAAAAUAUGGAUCUAAAUUUCCUAGGCAACAGACCUGUGCAGUUUCCCUAUGUGACCCCUGCCCCGCAUGACCCUGUGAAGACACUGAGGAGUUUGGUGAACAUUAGGAAGGAUUCUUUAAGACUCGUCAGGUAUAAGGAUGAUUCUGACAGCACCCCCGAGGACACGGGAGAUCCCCGAGUUCUUUACAGUGUUGAGUUCUGCUUUGAUACUGAUGCCAGAGUGGCUAUUACACUGUACUGUCAGGCCUUUGAGGAGUUUACCAAUGGGAUGGCAAUAUACACCCCCAAGAGUCCUUCUAUGGUGUCUGAAACGGUCCAUUAUAAAAGAGGUAUAAAUCAACAAUUUUCUCUGCCGUCCUUCAAGAUGGAUUUCACCAAAUGGAAAUCUGAGGAGCUAAACUUUGAUCUGGACAGAGGUGUUUUCCCUUUGGUGGUCCAGGCAAUAGUGGAUGAUGGUGAUGUUACAGAUGUCACGGGUCAUGCACAUGUUCUCUUGGCAGCUUUUGAAAGGCACGUUGAUGGAAGUUUCUCAGUGAAACCCUUAAAACAGAAGCAAAUAGUGGAUCGUGUGAGCUAUCUGCUACAGGAGAUUUACGGCAUUGAAAACAGGAACAAUCAGGACACAAAGUCCACAGAGGAUGAGAACAGUGACAACAGCAGCGAGUGUGUGGUCUGUUUAUCAGACAUGCGUGACACACUCAUUCUUCCCUGCAGGCACCUGUGUCUGUGCAAUGCCUGUGCUGACACACUGCGUUACCAGGCCAACAACUGCCCUAUCUGCAGACUCCCGUUCAGGGCACUGCUCCAGAUCCGAGCUGUUAGGAAGAAGACAGCAGCCACUCUCUCCCCUGUCUCCUUCAGCCCAAUUCUGUCGCAGAGCUCUGACCAUACUGAACACUCGAAUGCUGACAACAUCCCCCCUGGUUAUGAGCCCAUCUCCCUUCUGGAGGCCCUGAAUGGGGUGCAGCCUGUGUCCCCUACAAUCCCAUCAGCACCUCUGUAUGAGGAGAUCCAGUAUUCUGGAGACAUGGGAGAUCCGCUCAACCUGACCAGCCGGCAGCAGGGCGGAGACACUGCAUCAAUUAAGAGCAAAGGAAGCAAGUCACCUGAUGGGUCUGCACGUUCUCCAUCAUCACCCAUACAAGAGGAAGAAGAUGAAGAGAGGUUGUCAGAGCUCUCUGAUGCCCAGCCACGGGCUGUCCUGUCCUGCAGUCUCACUCCCACUGAGGCAUCACUAGAGGGUGGCUCCGCCAAACCUGGUUUCCCAAAUUCAGGUUCAGAGAGCAGAUCGUUGGGUGCGUCAGUGAGUGAAAUCCUACAGGACUGCCACAGCGAGCGCAGCAGUCUGAGCCGUACAGAAAGUGACCCCUCAGCAGAUCUGGCCCUGCCUGGGUCAUCUGGCUCCAUUGAAAGCCUGAAGAGUCAGAGCACCAGCAGCUCCAGUCAACCUCUGCUCUGCCUCCCCAGCACCCUGCACAUGGAAGAUGAACGUCUCACACCAUAAUGACCAAGACACUUUCGUUCUACGUUCAAUCAAUUUCCAACCCAGCAAAUUCAAUGUUUAAUGAUAGCUGCAUUAUCUCCAGGGCAUAUUUAAGACUCAAAUCAAGAACCAUAAUCAUAGUAAAGUCCCAUGCUGAAGUGUCCAAAACAUUUCUAUGUGAAGUAGACAACUGUAACAAACACUACACGCAUAUUUAUCACAUUAGCUUUAAGAAAACUUCAUGAAAGAUAUUCAUAAGAGUGAAAUACCGUUUACCUUGACAGUAUAGCAUCUAAUGGUUCAAAUUUAUUUCUGCUUCACGGUGUUUUAUGACUGUCCUGGGUAUUUUUAUCGUUUGUAUAAUCAGCAAAUGAACACUAAGUGCAUCAGAUUGCGUUCUGAUGCAGACACUGUAUAAUCAUAUACUUAUCCAGCAUAAAGUAAUCAUGUACGUCUGUAUCUUAUAUAUUUGUUCUGUGCCUUACAGUAAUGUGUGGCUUUUCCUAACUUCUUUCCUUUGAAACGUACAUAAUGGAAAACUGUAGCACUUCUUCAAGCUUUAAUGAGUAGUUUAUGGGAUUUGCCAUCAUUUACAAAGAUAUAUCUGAUGCUUUUUAGUGAAUUCACUGCUGCUUAUCUAUGUCAGGCACCUUAAAGUGUUGUAUAUUUGUACUUAGUUAAGUCAUUUUAUCAUAAAGUGUUGUGCACUAAUGUCAAUCACUGUGGUCAUUUCU